UAGUUACGUAGUCGUGACGUACCUCACGUUUCACGUAUUUUUAUUGUGACUCGAAUAUGUUUUUCAGUAGAAAUGGUUGUGAAGCGAAUUUGGAAAGUGUAGCCAAGGUGUUUUAAUGGUGAUAUUUAGUGAAUUUUGCGUUCAAAAGCAAUCAGACAGUGGGUGAGUUGAAAGUAGAAUAUUUGUGCCAAUGCUUGGACGAAUAGAGGAGUAUAAAUGUCCCAAAUAGUAAUUACGGUAUUGCAUAUGGCGGUGACGAAUUGUUCUUUGUUUUGGUUACAAGUUGCGUCCAUUUUGUGAGAGCAAAAUUUGCGCCGUAUUUCUUGGAGUUUUUAAGCGCAAAAUUCAUGCCCCUGGCUUGUGAUAAUUUAAAGUAUAAACGAAAUAUCAACUUAGAAAGGGUACCAGCGGACUUUAAAGCUUGUUCUGCCAUCGAUCUGUUUACAUUUCCGCUCUUGUCUAAACGUAAUCAUGGCGAUGACAAAGAGAAGCGACGUAGGUGGCAAGAUAGUCUCCCAGGCUAAGGCGAAAACUGCUAAAUACCCAAAGUACACUCCCCAGGACUCGCCAGCACAGUGCAAGUCCCCAUCAAGACUGUCUCCAGUUAAAGGAGCUGAACUCAGCCCAAGAUCUCCAUUAGGGCUGUUAGCGGGCCAUUAUGCAGGCUGUAAAUUUACCGAGCCCCCAUCAGCUUCGGCUCUGCCCCUGCCCCCUCAGCACUGGAUGCACGCCAAUCAAUCUGUGAUGUUGCCUUUUCAUGCUGCCACGGGUAUAUCAUCAAUGGCUGUUAACCAACAUCUUGACUUUACGCAACAGCUCAAAUUGUUGCUCAAGGUUCAGGCUUGAUUCGGGGAGAGACAAACGUACAGAAAAAAAGACAUUUAUCUUUAUACAAACAUAUAUUUUUAUGAUGAGUGAACCGCUGAGAAAUCAUAACUAAUCUUAGGUACUGUUGGUAGCGAGUGAACACGACAAUACUAUGAAGUUAUAAAGAGGAGAUAUAUUAAAAAAGCAACUAUACUUAUAAUAAGUUUUUGGAACUAUAGAAUUAUUAAGGCCUAAUAGUUACUUUAAGGUCAUUAAGAAAAAAAUUAAAUCAAACUCAUACCUGUUGAUUGUCCUGUUCAGCCGCCCUGUGAUAUGCGUCCGGCAAGUGUAACUUGUCCUCGCAAUAGUUUUUAGGAAUCUAGACUGUAGUGUUUAAAAAAAUAAUUUAGUCUAUUUCUAAAUGUGAUUUUUUUGUUUUUAUUGUUGAAGAGAAAAAAUGAAGAAAAUUGUAAGAAAGAUAUUUGAGUUUUGUAAAAGAGAGCAAUGCUCAAAUCAGUGUGUGAUAAAUGUUAGAAGUUAUGAUUGAUUGUGUUACUGGCCAAGCAGCGUCAGUCUUUUUUAAGCCUUCGUCGGCCACCUCGUUGCUUCGCCUUUAGCCCGUUUUAGGGCCAGUACUGAUUUUUGGGGCGAAGCACCGAAGUAGUACGACUAGGGCCAUAAACAAAGCUUUAACUAGCGUUAGUGUAAUAGGUAUUACUAUUAUUAUUAUGUAUUUUUCGACUCUAUCACAAAUCUUAAUUUCUAGCAGUUCAAACUUUGAUGUGAUGGUGUUUGGCCACCAAAAUAUAAAUAUAUCUAAUAAAAUCGUCAAUUAAGACGCAUAUUUUUGUUAAAAUGAAGUACAAAGUUGUAUCAUUUUUGACAUUUCAUGAUAUUGUAUUUUACCUCUGUAAUUUUAUUGGGUUGAAGCAAAAUUCUUAUUCUGAAAUUCCACUUAAUUUUAUGUUAUUUUUUUUAUUUACUGGAGUUCCUAAGCAUAUAUCACAAUGAUUGUGUUAAGUGCAAUAUAUUCUGUUAAAAAAAUGAUCAGAAAUAUUUUGUGAAUUUCUCUUUAGUUAUUAGAGAUUCUAAUUUUUCUGUUUGUGUUUUUGGAAAAAAGCAUUUUAUUUUUUUUAGUUCGACGACAAAAUUAUCAAAAAACAAGUUCAUGUUUAUUUUUAAUUUUCAUUUGGGUCUUUUUCAAGUGUAAUUAUUAGGAUCUCUAGUAAUAUUUUUUUUUAGUUUUUAAGGUAUUUUUUGAUUAGAAUCUCAGAUCUCACAGUAUCCACAAUUGAUUGUCAGUUGGUUCAAAAUUUUAAAAUUGUAAAAGUAUUUCAUCUCCAUCCUCUAUCUGUGAUACCUUGAUCCCUUUCCCUAAAUUCCUUCCUAUAUUUUCCUAUACGAUUUUUUGUAAAUUUUGUAAUUUAUUUCCAUAUCAGUAUUUGUAUUUGUUGUAUCUUCAAACAACUUUUAAUCAUUAGAAUGACCAUCGAAAUUUGCUGAUAUGGAAAUUUUAUUGUUUUUCUCAUAUUUUAUUGUAAUGAUCCUUUCUAUCCUAUCCUAGUCUCCUCCUUUUCCCGGGGUUCACACCCCACCAAA